AUGACGACAGAAAUUAUUUUCACUUCUGAGGGCGUAGUGAAUGGGACGAAGGUGAUGGACACGUCGAGCGAAGUGACGGCUGCCAACGCGACGGUCGAGCCGCUGUUCUGCGGUUCGGGCCUGCAGCAGUUCCACGCGGGCUACAAGGAACUGCACGGCUACUUCAGCCUGCUGGUGUGCAUCUUCGGCUCGGUGGCCAACUCGCUGAACAUCGCCGUGCUGACGCGGCGCGAGAUGCUGUCGGCGACCAACAGCAUCCUGACGGGCCUGGCCGUGGCCGACCUGCUGGUGAUGGUGGAGUACGUGCCGUACGCGCUGCACAUGUACCUGCUGCGGCGGCCGCGGGCGCUCACGUACACGUACGCGUGGGCCGUGUUCGUGCUGUUCCACUCCAACUUCGCGCAGGUGUGCCACACGGUGUCGAUCCUGCUGACGGUGACGCUGGCCGUGUGGCGCUACCUGGCGGUGGCGCACCCGCAGCGCGGCCAGAUCGGCAUGCCGUGCACGCUGGCCGUGGUCGGCUCGGCGUACGUGCUGGGCCCGCUGCUGUGCACGCCGCACUACCUCGCCUUCGAGGUGGCCGAGCGGCGCGAGCGCAACGCGACGCUCUACUUCGUCCAGAUGAGCCGGCUGAGCCAGGCGGCCGGCGGCCUGCUCGGCGACGUCAACUUCUGGGUGUACGGCGUCGUCGUCAAGCUGACGCCCUGCGCCGCGCUCACGGGGCUCAGCCUGCGCAUCGUCGCGGCGCUGCUGGAGACGAAACGGCGCCGGCGCCAGCUGACGGCGUCGGCGUCGGCGUCGUCGCGCCAGCAGGAGAAGGAGCGCCAGACGGACCGCACGACGCGCAUGCUGCUGGCCGUGCUGCUGCUCUUCCUGGUCACCGAGCUGCCGCAGGGCGUCCUCGCCCUCCUCAGCGGGCUGCUGGGACACCGCUUCUUCGCCGAGUGCUACGUGCCGCUGGGCGAGCUCAUGGACGCGCUCGCGCUGCUCAACUCGGCCGUCAACUUCAUCCUGUACUGCAGCAUGAGCCGCCAGUUCCGGGUCACCUUCUGCCAGCUGUUCCGGCCGCGAGCGCUCGGCCGCUGGAUCGCGGUCGAGAUGUCCCACAACGGCGUCACCACCACCAACAACGCGACGCAGGUCACCCAGCUGUAG